CAUGAUAACUCAAACAUAUCAUUUUUCAAGGAUCACCUGAUCAGUGCAGCCUCUUCCUGACACUAUAUAGAGAGCGGCUGUGAAUCCUGAUUUGUGGAUCCACAUUUAAUUUAAGUCAGUUAAAUUAAGUCAAGUGGUAAAGAUGCUGAUGUCAACAAGCCCAUAUUUCAUCCUGCUGCUCUUAAACUGUUCUUAUGCUGGUCGAGUUCUGCUGAGCCUCAAGCAGCGUGUGCGUGACCUGCAGCUGCACGAGGUCAGGCAGCAGCUCCUUAUACGCAGCAUCAGUGGACGUCAGCCGCUCCUACAUGUGAAGAAGGGACAGAUUCAACAGCCACUGAACCACUUCAACCCACAAGACAGUGCUACUUUCACUCAGAGGUUCUUUGUGAAUGAGGAGUACUGGCAGCGUCCUGAUGGUCCUGUGUUCCUCUUUAUUGGAGGAGAAGGGCCCAUCUAUGAGUUUGAUGUACUGGCAGGUCAUCAUGCUGACAUGGCUAAAGAGCACAGGGCUCUACUCCUGGCUGUGGAGCAUCGUUUCUAUGGUGACAGCAUCAACUCUGAUGGUCUUAAAACAGAAAACCUGGCAGACCUGAGCAGUCAGCAAGCGCUUGCUGACCUGGCUGUGUUUCACCACCACAUCAGCCAAAACUUCAGUCUGAGCCACAGGAACACCUGGAUCAGCUUUGGAGGCUCUUAUGCUGGAGCCUUAUCUGCCUGGUUCAGAGGAAAGUUUCCUCACCUGGUGUUCGGGGCCGUGGCCUCUUCUGCUCCUGUAAAGGCAACGCUGGACUUUUCUGCCUACAACAAUAUCGUUGGCUCCAGUCUCAUGAAUGAAGCUCUUGGUGGCUCAGAAAAGUGCCUGGCUGUGGUGCGCCACGCCUUUGCUGCAGUGGAAGAAGCCUUGAUGGAUGGUAGCUUCAGCAAGGUGGCCGUGGACUUUGGCUGCUGUCAGAUCCCCAAGGAUCCUGAUGAUCAGAUGGAGCUGAUGCAAAACUUGGCUGACAUCGUCAUGGGAACCGUGCAGUACAAUGAGGAAGGAGUCCUCAUGUCUAUCAAAGACCUCUGCACUCUCAUGACCAAUAAGAGUGAGGCCCAUGAGGGAGAAAUGGAUGCAUACAGACGCCUUGUUCAACUCGCACAGAUUUACCACAGCAUUUACACCAGUGAGGAGUCCUGUCUGGACGUCUCUCAUCAGAGAGCAGUGAAGGAUCUGAUGGACACGUCGCUGCACUCCAGCAGAAGAGCAGCAAGACAGUGGACCUACCAGACCUGCACAGAGUUUGGCUUCUACCAGACUUGUGAGGACAACACUUGUCCGUUCUCUGGGAUGCUGACCCUGCAGACCAGUACUCAGCUCUGCACGCUGCUGUUUGGCAUUUCCCAGCAUUCUCUGCCUGCACACAUCAGCUUCACUAACACUUACUAUGGAGGAGACACACCCCCCACACACAGGGUCCUGUAUGUCAAUGGUGGAGGUGACCCGUGGCGGGCGCUGUCAGUGGUCCAUGGCAGGAGUGAGGGAGAAGAGGAAGAUCAGAGCAUCUUCAUUGAAGACACGGCUCACUGUGCUGACAUGAUGAGUCAGAGAGUCACAGACCGCGGCUCACUGAAGAAAGCUAGACAGGAGAUUGAGAAACGUGUGGCGUGGUGGCUGGAGGUCGCUGCCCAGGAGGAGAUGCAGAGAAAAGGAGUGUGAUGAGGCCACAAUGUAACCGGACCAG